CCGGCCUCUCCAGACCUUCAACAUAAAACGUACCCGUCGACGCCCCGCGCACAUGGCCGUGUCCAAAAGUGCCGGCACCCUGCGGGACCUUCAGCUGGCUCUGCAGCUGAAGAUCGAGGAGCUCCGGCAGAGAGACGCCCUCAUCGACGAGCUGGAGCUGGAGCUGGACGCUAAGGAUGAUCUGAUCAGGCAGCUGCAGGUGGAGCUGGACAGGCAUCGCGGCGCCUCACAGCACGCGGCCAGCCCUGCAGAGACAGCCAGCGCAGGAGCGGUGGCUCAGACUCCAGCGGCACCCGAUGAGCCUCAGCGCACCAAGCGACAGGCCAUCUCGGCAGAGCCCACCGCGCUGGACCCCUCCCAGCUCACUGACGUUACCCUCACCAGCUACUGCAAGACAAAAGAGUCCAGUGAGCUGAUCCAGAGGGCUCUAUUGGACAACGACUUCAUGAAACGUCUGGAGCACGGGCAGAUCCUCACCAUCAUGGACUGUAUGUAUCCCACCAGCCUAGCCAAAGGCUGCUGUGUGAUCCAGGAGGGAGACGACGGCUCGACAGUCUACGUUCUGGAGGAGGGGAUGGUCGAGGUGACCAAACAAGGGAAGAAACUCUGCACCAUCGGUCCCGGGAAAGUCUUUGGAGAACUCGCCAUCCUGUACAACUGCACCCGCACCGCCACUGUGACAGCCCUGACCGACAUCAAGCUCUGGGCGAUUGACCGACAGGGUUUCCAGACCAUCAUGAUGAGGACUGGUCUCAUCAAACAUUCCCAGUACACAGACUUCCUCCGCAGUGUUCCCUCUUUUCAGUCGCUACCUGAGGAUGUUCUCAGUAAACUGGCCGAUGUUUUGGAGGAGACUCAUUACAGUGACGGUGAUUACAUUAUCCGUCAAGGAGCCACCGGAGACACAUUCUUCAUCAUCAGUGAAGGACAGGUGAAAGUCUCCCAGCAGAACUCAGCCAGCGACGAGCAGGUGACUGUGAAGACUCUCUCCAAAGGGGACUGGUUCGGAGAGCAGGCACUGAAGGGGGAGGAUGUUCGUACAGCCAGUGUCACGGCCGUGGGAGACGUCACAUGUCUGGUCAUUGACAGAGAGUCUUUCAAACAGCUGAUUGGAGGACUAGAUGAUGUCAACAACAAGCAGUACGACAGUGACGAGGUCAAGGCAAAGCUGCAGGCGGAGGCAGAUUUCUUCUCCAGCGUCUCGCUCGGUGAUUUCAACAUCAUCUGCACCCUGGGGAUGGGAGGCUUCAGUCGUGUGGAGCUGGUGCAAUUAAAGAACGAUCCCAAUCGAUCGUUUGCCCUCAAAGUGUUAAAGAAGCGUCACAUCCUGGACACCAGCCAGCAGGGCCACAUCCUGUCAGAGCGCCGCAUCAUGAUGGAGGCUCACAGUCCCUUCAUCAUCAGGUUGUACCGGACCUUCCGAGACUCCAAAUAUCUCUACAUGCUGCUGGAGGCUUGUCUCGGAGGAGAGCUGUGGACACUGCUCAGGGACAGGGGUUCAUUUGAUGACGGCACCACUCGGUUUUACACUGGCUGUGUCAUCGAGGCUCUGGCUUUCCUGCACUCCAGAGGAAUCAUCUACAGAGACCUCAAACCCGAGAACAUCAUACUGGACCGCCGAGGAUAUGCCAAGCUGGUGGACUUCGGCUUCGCUAAGAAGGUGGGUCUGGGUAAGAAGACGUGGACAUUUUGCGGGACUCCUGAGUAUGUCGCCCCUGAGAUCAUCCUGAACAAAGGCCACGACAGCUCGGCUGACUGCUGGUCUUUGGGAAUACUGGUCUUUGAGCUGCUCAGUGGCAGCCCUCCCUUUUCUGGCUCUGACCCCAUGAAGACCUAUAACAUCAUCCUGAGAGGCAUCGACAUGAUCGAGUUUCCUAAAAAGAUCACCAAGAGUGCCGCUAACCUCAUCAAGCGACUCUGCAGGGACAAUCCUUCAGAGAGGCUGGGGAAUCAGAAAAAUGGAGUGAAGGACAUCCAGAAACACAAGUGGUUUGAGGGCUUCAACUGGGACGGCCUCCGCCAGGGAACCACGGACUCUCCAUUCACACCCACGGUUGACGGGCCACUGGACAACAGCAACUUUGACUAUUUCCCGGAGGACACUGAUGGACCUCCCCCUGAUGAAGAGUCUGGUUGGGACCUCGAGUUUUAACAGGACUACUGUCCGAAAGCUGACUGAACGAGGAGAACAGCGGGAACGGGAUUCUUCAGAAAGAGGAAGUGAAGCCACCUGCAUCUCGUCUUUGUCUUGUGAAAGUCAAAGGAACAGGACGCUGGCAUUAGACAUAAUCUACAGUCCAAUAAUCACAGUUCCAACAGGAAGGGGAUGCAGAGUUAUCACAGAUAUUAAGGCCACAUUUAAGAAAAAUAAAAUCAAGUCAAAAUAUUUUAAGAAAAAGCUCAGAAUAGUAUAAGAAAAAAUAUUGAAUAUGUAAUAUUUCAAGAUAAAGUUGGAAUUUUAUGAGAAAAAAAUCGUGAUAUAUAAUGAGAAUGAAGACAUAAUUUUACCAACAAAAAAAAAACUGGA